GUGGUGCUUGGAUCUAUACUCGGUACUCAUCCUUCGCUUGGACAACCCACGCUUGUACUCAGGUUGAACUUGGGCACACUAUACUAGGCGUCAAUACCAGAAAAGUUACAGGACCGGCGAACUAUCAUGUCUGAGCCGGUCACAUCUCAGGAGGUCAACAUUCCCCAGGAUCUCGAGAAGGAGAUCCCACCCUCGUUGACCCCCGAUGGGGAGGACGAAAAUGACGAUGACGAUGACGAGGAGGGAGAGCAUGCUGUAAAUGGAGCUGGUGGCGAGGGCAAGAAGAAAAAGAAAAAGAAGAAGCCCAAGAAGAAGAAGACCGCUCAGGCUCAGCAGAGCGAGCCUCCUCGGGUUGGUCUCACCAAGAUCUUCACCAAGGGCAUCUAUCCCGAGGGAGAGAUCUGCGAGUAUAAGGACGACAACAACUACCGCACCACCUCCGAAGAAAAGCGUCACCUCGAACGCAUAACUAACGAAGACCCCGACCUGACCUACCAGAACAUCCGGCGCGCAUCAGAGGUCCACCGUCAAGUACGACACUAUGCUCGCAAGCAUAUCAAGCCGGGAAUGACGAUGACGGAAAUCGCGAACACGAUCGAGGACGGAACGAGGGCGUUGGUGGAGGAGAAUGGGCUCGAGACGGGUGUGGGAUUCCCGACGGGAUUGAGCCUGAAUAAUUGUGCGGCACAUUAUACGCCGAAUCCGGGGGAUACGUUGGUGCUGCAGAAAGAAGACGUUCUGAAGGUCGACUUUGGCGUGCAUGUGAAAGGACGGAUAGUCGACUCAGCUUUCACUAUGUCUUGGGAUCCAACAUACGACAAGCUCCUGGAGGCGGUCAAAGCCGCGACCAACACUGGUAUACGGGAAGCUGGAAUUGAUGUACGACUAGGAGAGAUAGGGGCGGCUAUACAGGAGACAAUGGAGUCGUAUGAAGUUGAAGUUGGUGGGAAGGUGUACCCUGUGAAAGCCAUCGAGAACCUCAGUGGCCACUCGAUCAACCUCUAUCAAAUCCACGGCGGAAAAUCUGUACAGAUAGUUGCGAACAACGAUCAGACGAAGAUGGAGGAGGGAGAAUACUUCGCUAUCGAGACUUUCGGGUCGACAGGGCGUGGCCGUGUUGUUGAGAGUGGAGACUGCUCGCACUAUGCUAAGAUUGUCGAUGCGCCACAUGUUCCGCUCCGGUUAACCUCUGCCAAGACACUUCUCAAGUCGAUCACGAAGAACUUUGGCACACUUCCGUUUUGUCGACGAUACUUGGACAGGGCUGGGGAGAGCAAGUACCUGCUUGCACUGAACAACCUGGUAACACAAGGGAUCGUCCAGGACUAUCCUCCGUUAUGUGACGCCCGGGGAUCCAUGACCGCUCAAUUCGAGCAUACUAUCCUGCUGAGACCGACUGUGAAGGAAGUAGUCAGUCGGGGAGACGAUUACUGAUUGCUGAUAUGGUUCGUGGCCCUGGAUUAUACGUAGAUGGAGCAUGUAAUCCUGUGGUGCUUUCGAGGAUGACCUAGUGACCAUGGACUUGUACUACUACGUACCUGUACUGCAAUGCAUCCACGACGGACGUUC